AUGCUCGAAUCUCUGGUUGCGAAUGUUCUUAACCGUGUCCUUGGGGCAUAUGUAUCUAACCUUGAAUACAAUCAACUUAACAUUGCAAUUUGGACAGGCAUGUCUUUCUAUAAACACUUGAGCAUUAGCCGAUUAAAAAAGGAAGCCCUUGAUAAAUUUGAUUUGCCUAUCGAAGUAUUAGAAGGGUAUUUGGGAGAGCUGACAUUAAAUAUUCCAUGGUCAAAUCUUAGGAAUAAACCGGUCAAAGUCUUUAUAAACAAUGUUUAUCUUCUUGCAGUCCCGAGGGCUGACACAGAGUAUGAUCCUGAAGAGGAAGAGCGACGCGCUCAACAACUCAAGGAAGAAAAACUUGCAAAUUCCGAAUUAUUACAGACAACUAAUGCAGAUAUUUCUGAAGAGGACAAUCAAAAGAAUCAGUCUUUUGUAACUCAACUUGUCACGAAAAUAAUCGAUAAUCUUCAAAUUUCAAUAAACAAUAUUCAUAUCCGAUACGAAGAUAAGCUCAGUGAUCCUGAUCAUCAUUUUGCCGUCGGAUUAACAUUAUCAGAAUUUUCCGCAGUCUCUACAGACGCGAAUUGGAAACCAACUUUCAUCGAAGAAGAAACCAUAGCAAUACACAAGUUGAUCACGUUAGGUUCGUUGGCUAUCUAUUGGAAUACAGAUUCAAGGUCUCUUGCGGGUCAUAAACUUGUUGACGCAAUUCGCGUGUUUAAUCAAUUGAUUGCAUCAGAAAAAAAUGACCCGACUGAACAUCAAUAUAUUUUAAAACCUGUUUCAGGCACCGGUCGCGUUACGAUGAACAAACAAGUUGACUUGAAUACACCGAAAAACUCUGCAACACUUUUAUUUGAUGAACUGGGAUUUGUCCUCGACGACGAGCAAUACCGUGAUGCUUUACUAAUGAUCGGAUUAUUCCAUUUCUAUCUAAGACAACAACAGUACCGAAAAUUCCGACCACCAAAAGAAAUAACUCCAAAAGAAGACCCACGUGCAUGGUUCCAAUUCGCAAUAAACGCCAUAUGUUCGGAAAUUCAUGAACGAAAUCGAAAGUUGACGUGGGCGUAUUUUGCAGAACGCCGAGAUGAUCGAAAAGCAUAUAUAGAAUAUUAUAAGAAUAAGAUGUUAGCACGAUUGCCAAUAGAUGAUCAUGCAAAACUUGCAGCCUUGGAAAAAAAGCUGAGUUUUGAAGAUAUUCGUUUUUACCGAUCAAUCGCCAGAUCAAAAUUACGGAAAGAGAAAGCAAUAAUCGCCCGAAUACAAAAAGCACAGCAACGUCAACAGCAAAGUGGAUGGCUUAGUAGUUGGUGGUAUGGUGGACAGACAGAGGGAGAUUCUUCCACAGAUCCCGAUUCUGUGUUGACUGAUGCCCAGCGACAAGAAUUAUAUAAUGCGAUCGACUUUGAUGAAAAAGCCGCUGUGGCCAAAACCAUGGAGAUACCACGAGAGGCUAUAAAACUUUCUCUCAAAACACAACUAAAAACCGGUUCUUUCGCGCUAAAAAAAGAACCACAUGGAAGCAACAGCUCAAUAUUAUGUCUAACUUUCGACAAUGUGACGACAAAUUUCAUUCAACGUCCGGACUCCUUUCUGGCUGAAAGUGGUCUAGGCAGUCUUAUUGUUGAUGACGGAACGACUGAGGGAACGCUAUUUCCACAAAUAGUUCGCGUAAAAAAAGAUUAUAAUACUUUCGAAAAUUCCAACGAUUAUGGAGAACAUGAAAGUAAUCCAGCUAGUCGAGUCAGGACUGACCAGAGUGACGAAUGCCCUUUCUUCCAGUUUGUGUUUGAAAGAAAUCCUUUGGAUGGGCGCGCUGAUAACGGGUUCUCGAUGAAAAUGCGACCGUUGGAAAUCGUGUAUAAUCAGAAUGCUAUUGAUUCUGUUGUACAAUUUUUCAAACCUCCAGAUCAACAAUUGGUAUCGACAUUAAUUGAAGCUGCAGGUGAUACAAUCGAAGGAAUCAAAGCUCAAACUCGAGCAGGCUUAGAGUAUGCAUUGGAGGAGCACAAAACUAUCGAUGUAAAAAUUGAUAUGAACGCUCCAAUCAUAAUCAUACCUGAUAGCUGUACGAGGAAAGAUGCUCAGGUGGUAGUCUUGGAUUCUGGUCAUAUUCGGGUACAAAGUGAUCUGGUCAGCAAAGAAGUCAUAGCUGAGAUUCAGUCAAAGGAAAGCACAAGUUAUAGUGAGGAGGAUUAUAAGCAUUUAGAGUCAUUGAUGUAUGAUCGAUUCUCGGUAGAUUUGUCUUCGACUCAGGUGUUAGUUGGACAAUCGGUUGAACGUUGUCUUGAACAAAUUAGAAACCCGAAUGCCAAUCAUGAUCUUCAUCUUAUUGAUCGCAUGAAUUUACAGUUCUUUAUCGAAAUGUCUAUCUUACCACAAGCGUCAAACUUAACAAAAUUCAAAGUAUCAGGACAUUUACCUUUAUUAAAAGCGAAUUUCUCCGAUCGAAAAUACAAAAUAGUGAUGAAAAUAGUUGAUUUAAUUACUCCAAAAAGCGAAGAAGUUAAAGAAACAGAACCUGAACCCAUAACACCCAAACCGCAUUAUCAAGUCCGAGACUCUCUGAUGCGUGAAAAAUUGGGGCUUUCUAAAGGGUAUAUCGAUUAUUAUAUCGAUAGUGGAACCGAAGACGAAGAUGAUGCUGAGGAACAUGAGUUUUAUGACGCGGAAGAACAAGAGCUACCACAAGCCGCAAAAGUAAAUCAACGGAUCUUCGAGUUUAAUUUCAAAGUUGAUAAAUUCUCUACAGCAGUGAAAAAAGCAAAUCGAGAUCCAACUAAACCAGAAACGUUAUUAGUUGAUAUGGUGUUAGAACAUUUUAAUUUAAACUUUGUUCUUCGUCCGUUUGACAUGUCAGCCGAGAUAUUCCUCAAAUCAUUAAGUAUUGAAGAUAAAAUGUCAUACUCGAGAUCAGAGUUCAAGCAUCUGGCUGCUUCAGAGGGAUACGGCAGUAGUCAAACCAGCGAUUCUAGUCAUCUUGUGCACAUUAAAUAUGUUAGCGUCAAUCCACAGUCUCCCGAAUACAUGACGAGAUUUGAAGGAAUAGAUCAAAGCGUUGAUAUAGAAUUAUCAACUAUUAGUGUUAUCAUUACGCGCAAAAGCAUUUUAAAAUUAUACGAUUUUCUCUUGGAUACAUUUACUGCACCACCAGGCACACCUGUUUCUGCAACUUCUCCAAAUCUCGAGGCAGCAUCUGAUACUCCUCAGGUCCAGAAAAAAGCAUCGCAAAAACAAAAUACGAUGCGCGUGAAAGUAAGAUUGAGUAGUAUAGUAUUUAUACUGAAUAAUGAUGGUGUAAGACUUGCAACAGGAAAGUUGUCACAAGCAGAUGUGGCAGUUCUGAUGCGACAAACCACGAUGCGUGUAGGUGCAAGAAUUGGCGGGUUUUCUUUAUUGGAAGAUAUUUCACAACACGGGAAUGGGAACACAUCAUUCCGAGAGUUGCUUACGAUCGAAGGAGAGGAGAUCGCCGUGUUCAAAUACGAAACAUAUGAUGAGAGUGAGCUCACAUAUCCUGGAUACGACUCUAUGGUGUAUUUACGUACCGGAUCUGCAAGGUUGACAUUUCUUGAGGAACCGAUACGUCUAUUACUUGAAUUCGGGAGUAAAUUCGCACAAAUGAAAGGUUUAUACGAUUCGGCACGAAUGGCUGCAUAUGAACAGGCUGCCCAGUUACAAGAAAAAGUGCAGAAAUUCCAUUUCGACAUUGUUAUUCCCGCGCCGAUUGUUGUCUUUCCAAUUAGCCCUAACUCUAAUGACUUGAUUGUGGCGCAUCUCGGUGAACUUUCCGCCUCCAACAAGUUCUUGAAAAAUGACGAGGGUAACGAAUUCUUAACGCAAAUCAAUGCAGAAUUGAAGUCUAUUCGUAUGACUUCGCAAUUUUAUUCAAGCAAAGGGAACUUUCAAGAGUUGCAGAUAAUAAAAGAUGUAGAUAUCAAUUUCAAAAUAUCAUCUUGUGAACAUGUUGAAGGUUCGUUGAGACCGGAUAUGGAGAUUAUUGGAAAAAUGUCUGAUGUGCGGAUGAAUCUGACAGAAAAGCAAUACAAAUCCUUAAUGGACUUGUCGAAUUCUGUCGUAAAAGUUUUAGGUAGUGGUGACGGUGGCUCUGAGCCAGUACAGGCAACACAAUCUUCAAAUUUGUUUUCAUCUAGUAUGCCUUACAGUCCCACGUUUAUGCCAAAACAGCCACCCGCUCCUAAACCUCAAGACAGCGAGAAUGUAUGGACUUCCAUAGAUUUGACAUUUGACGUUAAUCAAAUCUAUUUAGAAAUUUUCGAGGGUGAUGUAUCUCAAACUCAGACGCUCGCUGAAAAGAGUUUAUCGAUAUUCUCGCUUAAUAAAACGGGUCUCAAGCUCAAAAUGCUUACGGAUGGAUUAAUGGAAGCGGAAUUGCGUCUUCAAUCUGUCACCCUGAAUGAUACGAGGCCCAAAAUAAAAAAUGUGUUUAGAGAGAUUCUGCCCGCGAAUAAUAAAGAGAGUCCACAAUUUUUAGUCAAUUUACAACAAUCUAGUGGCACCGAGAAGUUUAUUUUGGCUAUUGUUACGGUGGAUAGCCCAAAAAUAAUUUUUACAUUGGAUCAUUUGUUUGCAGUAAGAGAUUACUUUAUGAGUGCAUUUGAUGCGCCAUCGUCAUCCGAAAUCGCGCCUCCGGAGCCCAAGCAAAUAACUGCAUUAAAAAAAUCUUCCACUGAACCGUAUCCGAUUCCGCCACCAAAACCUCCGAGACCUUCACGUCAUUCUACUUUUCAAUCAGAAUCAUCUGGUCAGUCGUUAACCCCAUUAACACAAACUCUUUCACCACCAAAAGAAUCAGAAUCGAGUUCAGCGGAAACACCAGCCCUAUCACUUAAUUAUCGUGUAAAUAUUUCACAUGCGGAAAUAAUACUCUUAGCAAAUCCCGAGAUUACCAGUACAGAAGCAAUUAUUCUCUCGGCUGACGAAAUUGUUGUCACUCAACAAGGAAUCAUGGCAUUAGGUGUCUCGAAAUUGGGCAUGUUCUUGUGUCGAAUGGAUAAGCGAGAUGCCACUUUAUUACGAUGGAUUGAUAAUUUUGAUAUUUCAAUGUCGAUGGAUAAUCGAACCUCGAAGCCUGGUCAACAAUCCACAGAAAUCAAUAUCGAAGUCACAAAUAUGAUCAUGAGAGUAUCCUAUCGAGAUGUCAUGCUUAUUAUGUCAAUUCUUAAUAAAUUAUCUGAACUGUCGUCGCGGUCGGCAGCUGCAUCUUCAGUUGACGAAAAAAGUGCUGAGGCGGAAAAUUCAUCCGGUGGAACGCUAUCGCGUUCUUUUGAUUAUAGUAAUUUCAAUGCGAUUAAAAAAGAUCCGAAUGCUUCUGGCGGUGGGGUAAAUGAAAAACAGAGCUUAAUAUUGAGGCGCGAAAAGCUUCGAGCAACUUUACAAGGCACUCAACUUGUCAUGAUUGGUGAUGAGCAUGAUAUUCCAAUGAUAGAUAUGAAUGCAACUGAGAUUAUAGUAAAUGUGGCAGACUGGUCAUCACAGAUAAAAGUCGAUACUACCGUUUCCACACGUAUCAAUUAUUUUAAUUUAACCAAUUCGCAUUGGGAACCACUAAUCGAACCCUGGCAAUAUACAUUACACGCAUCAAAGGCAAAUAACGAAAGCCUUAUAGUUGACGUCACAUCUCAAAUAAGAUUGGAAGUAAACAUUACUCAUAUAUUUUUAGAAACGAUGUUGACUAGCAUUUCUAUUCUGGGUCGACAACAAGAACAUGUAUUGAACACAGCAAGAGGAUCUCGUACUCCCUAUAUAUUGCGAAAUAAGACAGGCUAUGAUAUGCACGUGUGGGCAGUCUCACCAAAUGAUAACAACGAGGCAGUCAUUCAAAAACUAGCUGAUGGCUGUUAUACUAAUUGGCGAUUUGACGAUUGGCGAAAAACUCGUGAGACUAUGACCGUCACGAAGAACAUGCUCGGACUCCAGUUCGAAGGAGCCCGCUGGGAAAGUAUUAAAGACAUCCCUGUUGAUCGAGAAGGCGAGACACUAUAUAUACUUCGCCCAAAGUUAAAUAAUAUAUCACAUCGACUAGUUUGUGAUAUUAAAUUGAAAGAUAAUAUUAAAUAUGUGACUUUUCGAUCGGCGCUUGUCAUUGAGAAUCGUACAUUGCUUACUAUCGAAAUGAUGGUAGUGGAUGCUCAAGGUCAAAAAUUGUCGAAAGUUUAUCAGAUUGAUCCGGGCGAAGAUUGUCCUGUGCCAAUCGAGUCAACUUAUCAUCAUCAAUUAAAAUUCAGACCUGAAGGUAACUUUGGAUACGAUUGGAAUGUCGCUAGUAUAUACUGGAAAGAUUUUCUGAAAAAAGAUCCAAUAAAGUCGAUUUCAUGUAAAUCGAUUCGAAAAGAUGUUCCCUUCAGAUUUCAAGUAAACGCUCUAUACAAAAAGAAUAACCCGAUACUCAAAGAAUACCCUCACAUGAGCAUCCGACUCAGUGCACCCGUGCAAAUCGAAAACUUGCUUCCAUACGAUUGCGAAUUCCGCAUCUUUGAUAAAUCGACAAAAUACGAUUGGCCAAAUAAUAAGUUGAAAAAAGGGUGUGUUCAUGCGUUACAUUUAGUCGAGUUAGGGCAUUUGUUGUUGUUGAGUGUUGAUGUUCAAGCUACAGAUUUUAAACCCAGUGAGUGGGCGAUCAUAAGUACCCCUAAUGAAGAUUUCAAAAUAGAUGAUACAUUGACGCUCACAGACCCUGAAGGAUUGAAAUUGAAUCUUCGAAUAUCAUAUCAUGAAAUCCCAGAAUCUGGUGGAGCAUUCAAGUACACCAUAUACAGUCCUUAUGUGAUGAUCAAUAAAACUGGUCUUGACAUGGCUGCGCCAUACAUGUUUUCUUAUCCGAGUGACGAAAUACGAAAUCGUGCAUUGUUGAAAGUUGGCGAUUCAAAUUGGAGCAGGUCAUUAAGUUUUGAAGCAGUAGGUAGUUUUAUGGAAGUAGUCAUACCAUCCGCUCAACGCAUGGAAGAAAUUCAUGUCGGUGUUAGCAUACAAGAAGGCGAUCAGAAAUACAAAAAGAUCAAAAUUGUCACUUUCACUCCGCGAUUUAUUCUGAAAAAUAACACAAAUGAAGAUUUGAAUUUCCGAGAACCAGGAUCCUCAAAUUUCACACUUUUGGCCUCGAAAGAUCGUGCUGCACUUCAUUUCCUUAAACAAGGAGAUGUUAAACAAUUGACGAUUUGUUAUCCGGGGCAUAGUAAUCCAUGGUCUGCCCCAUUCAAUAUUAACGAAUUGGGCCGUGUUCACGUGAAAAUGGGGAAAAAAGACCAAGAGCCUGGACUCAUCCGAACAGAGAUACUACUGGAAGAUGCGACAAUAUUCAUCAUAUUUAGUAAGGAAGAAGGAAAAUGGCCAUAUCGUGUUGAAAACUUUUCGGAUGUUGAUGUUGUUUUUUAUCAACAAGAUCCGCAUCGACGCGAAGCCUCAGCUUCCAGGCCAUCAAUGCCGAAAUAUCAUCUGGCACCAGGAAAUUCAGAGCCGUAUUCAUGGGAUUCCCCUGCUAUAAAGGAUAAACGACUAGUACUAAAUGUAAAUGAUCACGAAAGGUUAAUAAAUAUUCAGGAAAUUGGGUCACUAGUGCCAUUCAAAUAUCCGUCAAAAGAAGGUGGUCAUAAAGCAUUAUCUAUCGAAGUUGUGGCUGAUGGACCAACACAAGUUGUAUAUCUGACCAAUUAUAAACAAUCUGAGAGUAUAUUUCGACCUUUGCGUUCUUCCAUGUCUACAAAAUCAGAUACUAGCACAAAAGAAGAUGGAUUUGAAGAGAUUGACGUGGAUACUGUUACUACACUUAUAUUCCAAGUCAAACUUGAAGGAAUCGGUAUCUCAAUAAUUAAUAAAAGAAUGCAGGAACUUGCUUAUGCAUCCAUGCGUGGAAUGGAAUUGAAGUAUAGUGACUCGACGCUAUACCAAUCAAUAAACUUUGUGGUUCGAUGGUUACAAAUUGACAAUCAAUUAUAUGGCGGUCUUUACCCUAUUAUAUUCUAUCCGAUUCUUCCUAAAGAUAGUAAGGGAACAGUAACGCACCCCAAUUUCCAAUCUACACUUAUUAAAGCCAAAGAUGAUUCACAUGGUGUCAUAUACAUCAAAUAUUGCUCGGUGCUGUUGCAAGAAAUGAAUUUUGAAAUCGACGAAGAUUUCUUGUUUGCCUUGCUUGAUUUCUUAAAAUUGCGAGGCCUAACUACAGAAGAUGAUACAGAAAAAGAAUUGCAACUCUUUGACGGAAGUCUUGAUAUUCCGGAACCGAAAUCAAACGAAGGCGAUGAUCAACUGUAUUUUGAAGUUUUGCAUAUUCAACCAAUGAAAAUUAAUAUAUCUUUUGUGAGGACGGAGAGAAUUAAUGUCGAGGACAAACCUGCACCUCGUAAUCCACUCAUGUUUUUCUUUAACGUAUUAACAAUGGCAAUCGGAAAUAUCAACGAUGCUCCAAUAAAGUUGAACGCCUUGUUCAUGGAAAAUCUGCGAGUUAGUGCCCCCGUGCUCUUAGAUCGUUUUCAACAACAUUAUGGACAAGAAUUUUUCUAUCAAGUGCAUAAGAUUGUCGGGUCAGCGGAUUUCUUGGGAAAUCCUGUCGGAUUAUUCAAUAAUUUAGGAUCAGGAGUGGCAGCUAUCUUUUAUGAACCAUAUCAAGGUUUCAUUAUGCAUGAUCGACCUCAAGAUUUCGGAAUUGGUCUGGCAAGAGGAACUGCAAGCUUUUUCAAAAAGACAGUAUAUGGAUUUAGUGACAGUGUUUCGAAAUUCACAGGAAGUAUUGGCAAAGGUCUUUCUGUUGCCACAAUGGACAAAUCAUUCCAAGAUCGUCGACGAAUGGCUCAACUCCGUAAUCGACCGAAACAUCUAGGCUAUGGUGUCAAGCAAGGAGCGAAUUCUUUUAUUACUAGUAUUGAAAGCGGGAUAGAAGGAUUAGUGCGAAAACCAAUUGAAGGAGUCGAAAAAGAAGGUGCUGCUGGUUUAGUCAAAGGAUUUGGCAAAGGGAUUGUUGGACUUGUAACUAAGCCUGUUGUUGGCGUUUUUGAUUUAGCAAGUAACGUGACUGAAGGUAUUCGAAAUACGACCACUGUAUUCGAUGACAAUGAGAUUGCACCCGUCAGACUACCACGAUAUGUUGGACGCGAUGGCAUCCUAAGGCCAUAUGAUCAGAAGGAAGCCGAGGGUCAAUCUUUAUUAAAAGAGAUUGAGGACGGAAAAUAUUUUAAUGAGGAAUAUUUGGCGCAUCUUGAUUUACGACAAGACGACAUGACAGUUUUGCUAACACGGACGCGUAUCAUUCAAAUACGAAAAAAGAAAAUGAAAGUGGAGUGGGAGGUCUCAUUUUCAGAUCUUCAAACCAUUUCUCUACAACCUAAUGGUAUAUUAUUAAUACUUCGAAAUAAUCUUCCCGGACCAUUUAUUCCGAUACCGGAUAAAGAGAGCAAGGAGUUAUUUGAAAAACACGUUGAAGAAAUAGUUAAUGAGUAUAAUAUGGAGAAAAGAGCUGUCGAAUAA